UACACCGAAAAAAAUGUGGAGAAGAAUUUACUUGAAAAAAGCUUGGAAACAAUUCUCACUCAGAAAAGGCUAGUUAAUGUACAAAAAUUGACAAGUGAAAGCCUAAACAUAAUUAUUAGUAGCUUUACGUAGACAUUUUUAAGUUACGUUUACUUGGGAAUUCCAAUUGACUCUUUGUUUUUAAAUGUUACUUAAGUAAUGCUUAUCACUGUGAAAAAUUGUGCUGUUAAAUAACAGUAAUUGUUUGAGGUUUUUAGGAAAAAUUGGUCUUAGAUAACUUGUUUAGUUUCUGUUUUAAAUUUCUGUAACGCAAGUAUAGUAUUCUCCAUGCAAAUAGCCAAAGAAGCUGGAAUGACCUUUAAAAAACCCACCCAGAAUGCCGUUCUGCUUCAUUAGCAGCAUGAUCAGCUGUAAUCGGCGUGAGAAAUCAGUGCAGAAAGAGCGAGUGUUUGUGGGAACAGAGGUCAGUCUCCUCCCAGCUUACACAAUAACGACUGGCUCCAGAUCAGCAUUCCCCGCCGCUGAGCUCCAGAAAGACCUGGCGAGCUGCUGAACACUGAUCAUAAACCACCGGAGCUGUGAGUGAUGGAGCCGGUGACCCGAGCCGUCGGUUCUCUCGCUCUGACCGUCAUCGAGGCGUUACGCUCCUUCACUGAGCUGUUUCUCACACAGCCGCUGACCGCCACGCUCUCUCUUCUGGAGGAGACCGACCUCAGAACGCUGGACGCAGAUGAUCGAGUGUUUAAGGCCAGAGAACUGUGGGAGAGUUCAGGAGCCGUUAUCAUAGCUGUGAGGAGACGGGAUGAUUCCUGUGCAGAGGAGGCGUCUGAUCUCUCCUCUCUGAAGCCUCAGUUGGAGGAGCGUGGAGUCGCUCUGGUCGCUGUGGUCAAGGAGAACAUGGCCUCAGAGAUUCAGGACUUCAGAGCCUACUUUAACGGAGAGAUCUUCCUCGAUCAGCAGAGAGGGUUCUACGGGCCGCAGGAGCGCUGGAUGGGCGUCUCGGGGAUCCUGCGGGCCGGCGUCUGGAUGAACGGAUGGAGGGCGUAUCAGAGCGGAUACUGGGGAAACGUUCGAGGCGAAGGCUUCGUCCUGGGGGCGGUUUACGUCAUCGGACCGGGUCAACAGGGGAUCCUGCUGGAACACAGAGAGAUGGAGUUUGGAGACAAAGUCAAGAAGUCCGACGUUAUUCAGGCUGUUGAACAGAUCAAUACUCAACUGAAAUUAAAAUAGCCAUGAGCUCAAUAAUCACUCGCUUAAUGAAAACUCUCUCAGCUUGAAUGCAUGUUAUUCUGAACUAAAUAUGAAUCUUGAAAAUAGCAGAAUAGAGAAUGCAAAGCCGUCCAUAUGUAAACAAUAAUGAUAUACAGUAUAUAUAUGCGUGUGUGUGUGUGUGUAGUUGAUGACAGACUGACUCUAAACUCAGAUGAAGGAUCAGUCUCGAUGUUUCACGCUCUACACACACACACAGAAACCUGUAAAACACACCAAUAAAACACACUAUAAACGACCAAAUGUGUGUUACUUGUGAA